AUGGCCCACGAUCUAAAGCGCAAGCGUCCUCUGCACCCUCUUCUCCCUGCCAAACGUGUUCACCGCAGCCCACAAAAAGAGGACGUCUCUGAGCAUUCAGGCUCGGAACGCUCCGACUCACCCUCGCGCUCCUCGUCCCCCGAGCCGAAUCGUCCGCAAGACUCGUCCCAUUCCCACCAUGCCGUCCGCCCACCGACGGGAGAGGAGCUGAGGAAUAUCAAGGACGCCACAGAGCUCUACUGCUCCUCGUCGUUCAAACUCCAGAUCGACGCCCUCCUCCCAAGAGUCACCCCAAAGUACCAGUCCGCAUCUGCACUGGAAUCCUUUCUCCUCGCCCUCCACAAGCUCCUCGCUGCUAUCCCUUCCCACCCCCCUCAGCACCCCCUCCAUGCUGCUCGCUCCUUCGCCGACCGUGCCGUGGCCGUCCCGUACGUUCGCCCGGCGCCGUCAGAAGAUACGAACUGGAAGGUAGCAUUCGAGCCACCAGCCGAGAUCAUCCUCGCCGGAAGCUGGGCAACCAAGACAGCAGUCAAGGCCAUUGACUCCAUCCCUCACCAAGUCGAUGUCGCCGUCUCCAUGCCUUCCAGCUUGUUCCAAGAAAAGGACUACUUGAACGGCCGCGUGUUUCAGAAACGCGCGUUCUACCUGGCGGUCAUCGCGUCGGCCAUCGCAAAUGCCAAGGACCUCCCCUGCGACCAGUUCUACCACUCGCCAUCCGGCGAUCCCCGCUCCGGCAAGGAGUUCGACAAACUCAACGUGCAGAUCUGCAUCGAGCCGUUCCUCGCGGACUCUCCCAUCCCACUGCAGCGAUUAUCACCCGCGCGUUCCAACGUCCGCACCGGAUCUCACGACGAGUCGUCCAGCGAGGAGCCCACGCCGAUCUAUAACACCGCUUUCAUGCUCAUGACCACUCCCAAGGCCCAUCUUCUCUCCAUCCACUCCCUCAAACAAGACGUUCCCGGGUUUGGCGACGCGUUGACACUCCUUCGAAUAUGGGCGAACCAGCGCGGUUACGGGCCUGGCAAGAGGAUGUGCGUACGAGGAUUCGAGAAACGAGGGAUGUGGUGGGCGUCGCUGCUGGCGAUGCUCGUGCGUGGCGAAGAGCCGCGACCUGGGAUGGUGAAAGCCAGCUCGAAGCGAAAGCCUCUCGGGAAGGGUCUGAGCUCAUAUCAGCUGUUCAAGGCGUCGUUAGAUUUCCUUGCUAGGCAUAACUUCGCCAACGACCCCGUGUUUGUGAAGUCCAAGGAUGGCCAUCGGUUCCCUCCAGAUGCAUAUAGCAGCCAUGACGCGACCUUUGUCGACUCGACGUCUUCCGUUAACUUGUUGGCCGGGGUGCCGCUUUCUUCUCUGGACAUGCUGAAAAACGACGCCGAAACGACUCUCGCCGUCUUGAACCAAGUCAACGAUCCGUUUGAUGCCGUCUUCCUGAAAGACCACCGGGAUGCAUUCAGUAGAUUUGACAUCGUUCUCCAGCUGGACAUGUCAUCUGCGGAAAUGCGCCAACCCUCUGCACAUCUCGUUGCAGAUCACGGCUCGGUCUACAACGCGCUCAUGGCGUCUAUGAUGUCGACUCUCCGUCGUGCUCUGGGCGACCGAGCGAAGGCCGUUGCCGUCCUGCACCCGACGUCGGCGGAGCGACCGUUGACUCAGGCCCUGCCAGUCAGCCCGUCGGUCAUCCACGUCGGUCUCAUCCUCGACCCGGAACACGCCUUCCGCCUGGUGGACCACGGACCGUCGGCGGAGGAGCAGGAGACUGCGGUGGCGAAGGCGUUCCGGGAAUUGUGGGGAGAGAAGGCCGAGCUGCGGCGCUUCAAGGACGGCAGAAUCGUGGAAAGCGUCGUCUGGGAGGUCAAGAAUGCAGACGAGCGCGCGCACAUCCCCACCUUGAUCGCCGUUCAUAUCUUGAAGCGGCACUUUGGGAUCUCGUCCGAGUGCAUACGGACGUGGCAGGCCGAGUUCGACGGACUUGUGAAGGCACCCGAGUCUAUCAAGUCUUUGUACGAUGCUCGCGGCGGGGUGUCGACUGGGUUCAAAGCUGCGCUCGCCGCAUUCGACGGGCUGGUAAAGAGCAUCAAGGCACUCGACGAAGAGCUUCCGCUGUCAGUCCUGAACGCAAGCCCGAUCUGCGCGGCCCUUCGGCACACCGAGGUCUUCGUCCCUGUCGCCAUUCCGCUGAAGGCACGCGAAGGCCUCCCCCCGGCGGCGUCCUACCUGCCUACGAUGGACUUUGUGCUCGAGUUCGAAAAGUCCGGCCGGUGGCCUGACGAUCUGCAGGCGAUCCAGAAGAUCAAACUCGCCUUCUUCGAACGCCUCGCCGCCUCGCUUGCCGCCUCAGUGAAGGGCAUCCACGCGGCUGUCGCCGUGCAGGACUCACCAAAUGUGCGCCCAAUAGAAGACCAAGCCGCGCUCGACAUCAUCACCCCCGACGGAUGGGCGUUCCGCGCGCACAUCUGGCACGACCGCGAGGAGACGCUCCUCUCGCGCGUCAUCAACGACCAGCCGCACGUCCCAAAGGCGCUGCGCCGCCACACAGAGACCGCGCACGAAGUCCAGGCGGCCCUCGCCGCGCGCUCGACGUACCUCCGCCGGUUCGUGCACGCGCCGCGGCACCACCGCGCGGUCGCCGCGCUCGCGCACCAGCUCUCCGCGUUCUCGGGCACGGUGCGGCUGACGAAGCGCUGGUUCGCGGCGCACUGGCUGCUCCGCGCGCACGUCGCGGAGGAGGCGGUCGAGCUCCUCUGUGCGCACGUCUUCCUGCGCCACGGGAUGCCAGCGGGGGAGGGCGCGUCCGUGCCGGGUGUUCCGGCGUCGAAAGAGCGCGGGUUCGCAGCCGUGCUCGCGUUUCUCAAAGACUGGGACUGGACACAAGGACUCUCGGUCGCGCUGGACUACGGCGAGGGCGAAGCAGCGCCGGCGGGCGCGAAGGUCGCAGGGAAGCUCGCGGCGUGGGCGCUGUCGACGAGCUUUGACCCGGAUGGACACGCAUGGACGGCGCGCGGGCCGAGCGCGGUCGUCGCACGGCGGGUGACGGCGCUGGCGAGGGCGUCGUGGGACUCGUUGCGCGCGCUCGAGGCGGGAGAGGGCACGGUGAAGGACCUGUUCCGACACCCGACGGCGCACUAUGAUGCCGUGAUCGAGCUCGACCGCACCGUUGCGCCGCGGUACUACCAGAAUGUCGACGCGGACACGACCGUGUGGGCGCCGCGGGGGAAGUACGCAAAUGCCCCCUCCCGCAACGACGGGGGCGGGGGCGGGCCCAUGCCGGGCUUCGACCCAAUUGCGAUGUACUGCGAUGCGCUGACGCACGCGUACGACGCCGCCGCGUUGGUGUUCUACGACGCCGUUGGAGGGGACCGCGUUGGGAUCGUGUGGCAGCCGAAGCUCAAGGCGCCGUUGCCAUUCCGCGCCCUCGGGGGUUUCUCGGGAAAGCCCGUAGACAAGACGGAGGGGAAGACAAAAGAGAGCCAGAAGGCUCUGGUGGUGCUCAAUGAGCAGUCAUGCUUGAUUGAGAUGAGGAGGUUGGGGACAGGGCUGGUUGUGUAG